AUGAUUUCAAGUUCAACGCGCACCCUUGCCGCCCGGCCGAUGGUGCUGGGGCUGGCCAGAUUGAUAGUCCUCACGUGCUCGCAACUCCCCUUCUCUGCGGGCGCGCCGCUCCUCUCUACAGCGAUCAAUUCCACGGCAGAUGGCAAAGAGCCUAACGACCCGAGCUUAUGGCUGUACCUCGGCAUAUCAGCGGCCCUAGUCCUCAGUGGCGGAGCUUUUGCUGGCCUGACAAUUGCUCUGAUGGGUCAAGAUGAAGUGUACCUACAGGUUAUCAAGACAUCGGGCGAGGGAUCGGAAAAGAAGAAUGCAGCCAGCGUCUUGAACCUUCUCAAGCGGGGGAAACACUGGGUACUGGUGACAUUGUUGCUCAGCAACGUCAUUACGAACGAGACGUUGCCCAUUGUGCUGGACAGAUCACUUGGGGGCGGAUGGCCAGCGGUCCUCGGUAGUACGGCGCUCAUCGUCAUCUUUGGGGAAAUUGUACCACAGUCGAUCUGCGUUCGAUACGGUCUGCCGAUCGGAGCCUGGAUGGCCCCAUGUGUGCUGGUCCUGAUGUACAUCAUGUCUCCCGUUGCGUGGCCGGUCGCAAAGCUGCUCGACCGAUUGCUUGGUGAGGACCACGGGACCAUCUACAAAAAAGCUGGUCUCAAGACUUUGGUCACUCUUCAUCGGACCUUGGGUGAGGCUGGUGAACAAUUGAACUCGGACGAGGUGACCAUUAUCAGCGCCGUCCUGGACUUGAAAGAGAAAUCCGUGGGAGCGAUCAUGACCCCCAUGGAAGAUGUCUUUACUAUGUCGGCCGACACGGUUCUCGACGAACGAACGAUGGACCUCAUUCUCUCACAAGGGUAUUCCCGGAUCCCGAUCCAUGCCCCAGAAAACCCGAUGAACUUCGUGGGCAUGCUAUUGGUCAAGAUGCUUAUCACGUACGACCCGGAAGAUGGAAAGCGAGUCCGGGAUUUCUCCCUAGCAACCCUCCCCGAGACACGGCCUGAGACUAGUUGUCUGGACAUAGUGAACUUCUUCCAGGAGGGGAAGUCACACAUGGUUCUUGUUUCCGAGUAUCCCAGCGAAGAUCGAGGCGCGCUCGGCGUGGUCACUCUCGAGGAUGUAAUUGAAGAACUUAUUGGAGAGGAAAUCAUUGACGAAUCAGACGUCUUCGUUGACGUCCAUAAAGCCAUUCGCCGGAUGGCCCCUGCACCCAAAUCGCGUGUUCCCAAAGGCAAAAUUGUUGAAGAACCCCCGAUGGCUUUUGCCAACGACGGGGACCUCAUCGAGGUCGAUGCUUCGUCACCAUCCGCUGCUAAACCCGAUAUCGUCAGUCGCCGUAACUCCGUCGAAGCACCUCCCCCGCGAUUUCAAAUUCGCCGCCCAAAUCCAGACAAUAAUUCGAGCACAUCGGACUUGUGGUUCACACAAAGGGGUGCCACGGAUGAGAUUCGAGAGCACCUGAAACACCUUGGGCCUUCAAACUUGGCCAGUCGCCCGCGACAGACCAGAUACCAUAACGUCAAAAUCAAGCGAAGCGGCGACUCGCCAUCUCGUUCUGCGCAGACCGACAUGGAAUCUAACCAGAGCACAAGUGAUUCUCAGAAUCUAAUCACUUCAGCGGCCUACCAGGGCGGAAUCGGCGCAGGCUUGGUCGGCUCUGGUGCCGAAGCCAAAGAUGGCGCGCAUGCAUUGAAACUUGGAUACGGAACAAUGACUACAACUACAACCACGCAGGAGAAUCUCACUAAAGGCACCAAUGCGCAGCAGUACAAAGAUCUCCCUCAAGUUUCGAUUCCUGAAGCAGUUCAUGAAGAGCGAGAGGACCAGCCCCGCUCUGGUUCAACCGCCAACGGCCUGAUCCGACAAAACAGCAGCGGAUCUGGCAGCAUUCGAUCCAUUGGAUCACCUACAGAAUUCAUCUAUCACCACCGCGGACCAACCCGCAGUGGCAGCAUCACUGAACAAAUUGUUGAUGUGAACGGUAUUCGCAAAGUUGUAUUACACACGAAUGGGUCAAGUUCUUCUGAGGCGGAAGGCAAAACAUCUCCCAACAAAACUCGCGACUCUUCGCCCAAUAAGCAUCACACGGCGGAAUCAUCAGAUACCCAUGCCGACUCUCGUGAUUCGCACUCGCAUGCUAAAAAGCGCCGUCGCCGAAAGAAGCACGCCAAGCAGCCUCGCCGGAAUAACGAUGGACCUGCAGAAGACCAGCCCUUACUGCGGUGA